GGAAGAGCUGGAGCGGUGGAUGGCGCUUGUGAGGCAGUGUCGGGCGGAGAGGCUCGUCUGCAGUCAUGUCUAUGGAUGUGGAGCACUCGCGGCGCAGGAGGUACACACAUGACACCUUCGACUUCCCACGUGAAUUUGAACAUCGUGCUGAUUCACACCAUCGAAGAGGAUCCCUAUGUGACAGACAUUGUUCCGGUAAUUUGCAGGCUGAUUGGGUAGAUACUCAUUCCGGAUCUCAUCAACAUAGUCUGCUUACUCCAAGACUUUUGCCAGGGGCAGUCUCGUCUCCAUGUUGUCCUCAUCACUCAGAAGAGGUACAGCCUUGUGACCUCUGCCUUGUGAAAACCACCAUAACUGCAGAGAACGAGGUGGAGGCUCUUAAACUGUCUAACAACUACAAGUUUGGUUUCAAAAAAUGGAAAAGUCAUGUAACAGAAAGACCAUGGGAGGAUCGGUCUGAUAUUGUAAAAGAACUCUACUCUGAGCUAAAUGUAGUGAAGAUGUCAGUUGAUUCAACUCUAACUUUUGGGAAUAUUCUCUAUCUGCUCUUAUUUGGAUGGUGGAUCAGCCUGUUUUAUUUCCUAAUUUCAUUCAUGAUGUUUAUCUCCAUUCUUGGAUUUCCUUAUGGUGUGCUGUGUUGGAGGCUUGCAAAGUACUUUGUUUGGCCAUUUGGAAAAGUUAUUUUGAAGAAUGGUAUAACGCACCCUAAAAAAACCAGUAUGAGGUUCUGCAAGUGUGAGGCCAUACCAGAGGUUGAUGAGCUGGAGAAGUCUCCCCUUAUAGAAAAAUGUGAGCAAGUACAUGCAUAUUCCCACGGUCCUGAUGUCAACUAUUGGAGCCGUGCCAGUACUUACAUUUGGUUGUUUGUGGGAUAUCCUGUGCUUGCAGUAGUCCAUGGACUGGCCUGUUUCUUUUCCUGGAUUUUUGUCUUUUUCAUCCCUGUAUCAAAGAUGAAUGGCAGGGUUUUAUCUACUGUGCUUUUAAUGCCUCCAGAGCAUGUCCACAUACACCAAGGAAGCGAGGUGGACGACUUCAAUAACGCCGAUGUUGUUGUUCUCUGCUGCUAUUAUGCUGUUAAUGUCUAUUAUUACAAGUUCUCUGUGGAUGGACUCAACGUGUUUGCUGUUAAUCUCAUAGUAAUGGUGAUUGUGUCGCUGAUUCUUGGCUAUGUGGACAGUCACAACUAUUACACAAGCUCCCCUGUGAAGUUCACAUUGUCUUUGCUCUCCAUUAUGCCACUGUCCUACUACAUUGGAAUGGCUAUAGCGAGUAUCUCCGCCCAGAGUAACUUUGCAUUGGGAGCGGUGGUGAAUGCAACUUUUGGCUCCAUUAUUGAGUUGACCUUCUACAUCACUGCACUGAUAAAGGGGGAGAGAGAGAAUGACAAGUGCUAUGAGGAAGUGGUGAAGUCUGCCCUGACUGGCACAUUGCUGGGGUGUGUCCUCUUCGUUCCUGGGUUGUGCAUGGUGAUUGGAGGAAUAAAGCAUCGGGAACAAAGAUUUAAUAGUCGAUCGGCUGGUGUGGGCUCUGCUCUCCUCUUUAUUUCUGUUGGAGGUGUGUUUGCACCCACUCUCUUUUCCAAAGUAUACGGCAAAAUGAUUUGUGGUGACUGUAUGAAUUUUGGACAAAAUGGAACAAAUAAGUAUAUCUGCCAGAAUUGCCACACUGAGUUGAUGGGACGAAACAGCACAGUCUUCUAUAGUGACAUUAAGCCCUUGGUAUACACUGUGUCCAUUCUUCUGCCUGCUGCAUAUGUCAUAGGACUUAUUUUCACUCUGAAGACUCAUUCCCAUAUUUAUGAUAUUCACAUCAGCGACUGUCAUGUGCCUGGACAUCAUCACAGCCCUGUGGUCCACUGGUCCCGAUGCAGGGCAAUGGUCAUUCUUAUUGGUUCUACACUAUUAAUGUCCGCCUGUGCAGAUCUGGCUACUGAACAUAUUAGCCCCAUACUAAAAGAAACAACUGUGUCUCAGUAUUUUAUAGGAGUCACUGUCCUAGCAUUGAUCCCAGAACUCCCAGAAAUUGUGAAUGGAAUCCAGUUUGCUCUUCUGAACAACCUAAGUCUAAGCAUAGAGAUUGGGAGCUGCAUUGCCGUGCAGGUGUGCAUGCUACAGAUUCCUAUUCUAGUGCUGUUCUCUGUGUUCUAUCCAUCAGCAUUCACUUUGGUAUUUAGUGAUCUGCACCUGUGGGCCAGCAUGUUCAGUGUUAUCUUGAUGAACUACAUCUUUAUGGAUGGAAAGUGUGACUAUUUUCAAGGAACUGUCUUGGUAAUGGUUUACUUCAUAUUACUUGCCAUGUAUUUCUUUGCACCAUCUCCUGAAGGCUGCUGAUUGCAAUCUAUCAACGUUGAAGUUUCUUUAAAUUAGACUAACCAGUAAGGAAAUGGGAAGAGGCAGAACAUACAGUCCUAAAAGAAAUGCAGACCCACAUUUACUAUGGUUAAGGCUGCGUCUGCCAGGAGUCUUGCCGCACGUUAAAUCGGUCAAUCCUAAUUAGAGACAUGCAACUAACUGUUCAUAUAGCUUUCAAAUGAGUGAAACAAUCCAUACUCUCUAAUCCCUGGGUGUAAAACAUCUUCAGUAUUUCUUCUAUUAUAAUGCAAUUUCCUUCAUAUAUAUAAAAUAUGCAGGAUGCAAAGUCUUUCAUCAGCCUGACAUCUCACGGCCCACUUACUCAUGCAUGCAGGAGGUGACACCUGUCUACACAAGUCAUCAUAAGAAAGCACUAAAAUUACAGGUCUCGUUCAGCCCUUUUGGUUCCGAUGUUUCCAAUUUCACUAUCUCAUAUACCUCUGCAAUUACGCCCUUCUAUUCUCUGGCUCACAUUCCUUUACCUUUACAUGCUCCCAACACCUUCAGAACAUAGGCAAGGGGUCUUUUUAU